AUGGCAAAGCUUCUUGUGCUCUCUUUUUCCCUUUGUUUUCUGUUUUUCAGUGGCUGCUUGGCUUCCAAAGAGCAGCAGUCACAGCAAAAUGAGUGCCAGCUGGAACGCCUGCAAGCCCUUAAACCCGAUAACCGCAUAGAAUCCGAAGGUGGCUUGAUUGAGACAUGGAACCCCAACAACAAGGCAUUCCGUUGUGCUGGUGUGGCCCUCUCUCGUUGCACCCUGCAACGCAAUGGCCUUCGCAGACCUUUCUACACCAAUGCUCCCCAGGAAAUUUUCAUCCAACAAGGUAAUGGAGUUUUCGGCAUUAUAUUCCCUGGUUGUCCUGAGACUUAUGAAAAGCCACAGGAAUCUCAAAAAGGACGGAGCCAGAGGCCACAAGACCGUCACCAAAAGGUUCACCGGUUCAGAGAGGGUGAUGUUAUCGCAGUGCCUACUGGUGUUGCUUUCUGGAUGUACAAUGAUGAAGACACACCAGUUGUUGCCGUUUCUCUUCUUGAUACCAGCAGCAACCAAAACCAGCUUGAUCAGUUGCCUAGGAGAUUUUAUCUUGCUGGGAACCACGAGCAAGAGUUUCUACAAUAUCAGCAAGGGCAAGGAGGUCGUCAAAGCGGUAAGAAAGAAGAGGAAAAAGAAAAUGAAGGAGGCAACAUUUUCCAGGGCUUUGCCAAGGAAUUCUUGCAACAUUCCUUAAGCGUGGACAAGGAUAUAGUAAGAAAACUACAAGGUGAAGACGAGGAUGAGGAGAAAGGCGGCGUUAUCAAAGUGAAAGGAGGUCUCAGCAUCAUAAGCCCACCAAAGCAACAAGAUCAGGGACAGGGACAGGGACAGGGACAGAGACAGGAGAAAGAGGAAGAAGGGCAAGAGCAAGAGGAAGAGGAUGAGAAGCGCCGCGGUAGAGGAGACAAAGAUAAUGGCUUCGAGGAGACCUUUUGCACCAUGAGACUUCGCGAGAACGUUGGUAGAUAUUCAUCACCUGACAUCUACAACCCUCAAGCUGGUAGCGUCAGAACCGUCACCAGCCUCGAUCUCCCAGCCCUCAGAUUGCUCAGACUCAGCGCUGAACAUGGAUAUCUCCGCAAAAAUGCUAUGAUUGUGCCUCACUACAACAUCAACGCAAACAGUAUACUAUACGCAUAUAAAGGACGGGCAAGGGUACAAGUUGUGAAUUGCACUGGCAAUGCUGUGUUCGACGGUGAGCUAGAAGAGGGUCGGGUGCUGAUAGUGCCACAAAACUUUGCUGUGGCUGCGAAAUCCCUGAGCGACAAGUUCAGGUAUGUGGCAUUCAAGACUAAUGAUAGAGCAGUGAUCGCCACCCUUGCUGGGGGAAACUCGUUGCUAAGGUCUUUGCCGGAGGAAGUGGUUGCGGGAGCAUAUAACCUGAAGAGGGAGCAGGCCAGGCAGGUCAAGAACAAUAACCCCUUCAAAUAUCUGGUUCCUCCUCGUGAGUCUGAAGCUAGAAAUGUGGCUUAGAAACACUCGAGGCCUUUUUGCUUGCGUGACAUGUGUUGUUUUUGUCACUUGCUAGUAUGU